CAUCUCUCAAGUCCCUCACAGAUCAGAGAAUGAGAGAGAGAAAAAAAAGGAUAACUGAGUUUCUGUGUAAGGAAAGCGCUUUAUGUCACACUCUUAUAUGGUGAUGAGUAGUUCUCUUGUUAGGGUAUUAGGCAAAUCGAUUUCGUGACAAUGAUAUGGUUUGAUAUUUGGUCUCUGCUGGCGUCUCCUAGAAGGUUUUGCGAAUCCAAACCAAGUUCUUCUUAUCCGAGGAAAUUUCUCGGGUGUUUUAUACAACAAAGCUCAAGAUCUCUAACAUGCUCGAUUACAGUAAAGUUGUGUAUCUUUAACGAUAUGGUUAGGGUGCAGAGUACGACGAUCGCCACCGUUUCUCGAGUCCAAAUUCCGUCACGGUUGAGAAUCAUGAAGGUUGUUGGAAAUAGAGCGGGUUUUUUUGGAUUGAUAAUCAAACCGAACUUCGGAGAACCAAAACAAACGACGACAAGACGAUUACGGUGUGAAACGGCUUUCAAAAUAUCUCUCUGCCGACUUUUCGGACACUCCUUUUGCAAUUUUCUUUCUCUGCGACCAAACCCAUCUUCCCAAGGUUUCCCCUCUCUCCCUUUUGAUUUCUCCGUCCCGAAAUCUUCAUCUCCAGGAAACUCAAUUCUACACGCAAGAGGGUUGUUUGUGUUUUUAAUAAAGUUUGAUACUUUUUCCGUUUUCUUAUUAAAUAAAAUGGGGUAUGAGCCUGAUCCAGAUGCUCUUCGUUGGGGUCUCCAUGAUCUUGAGGUUUGUACGCUCACAAACGCUGGUUCUUGCGGCAGCGUGACGCUUUACGGGACGACGGACGAUGCUGUCGAUGUGAAUCAAGGCUAUGUUAGAGAAGGUUACAACCAGCCUCUCACUGGUUACGUAGACAACGAUGCGGUUAUUGCUCAGUUUUACCAAGACGAGCUGUCUAGAGUUGAACGAGCAGAGGAAUCAUCAUCUGAUUCGAGGCUCCUCAGUGAUAAUAAUCCUAGUCGGAUCUCUGUUGUUUCUCAAGAGUGGCCUCACCAAGGGGAAGCUAUUGAUAUUUCUCGUGAGAGUGACAUGGAGGAUAAGAAUGUUGCAAGGAUAAGGUAUCAAGGAGAGGGAAGCUCCCCGGUUUGCGAUGAUGAUGACUCAGAUUGUUCUGUAGAAGUAGAGGAAGAGUCUUGGUCUUUGGAUUCUGAGGUUGGGAAGCGACUCAACCAAAUGAUACCUAUUGCUCAUGUGCCGAAAAUCAAUGGGGAGUUACCGUCAGAGGAUGAGCAGGUUUCUGAUCAUGAACGGCUUUUUCAGAGAUUACAGCUUUAUGGCUUGGUGGAGAACAAGAUUCUAGGAGACGGAAACUGCCAGUUUCGGUCACUAUCAGAUCAGCUUUACCGCUCUCCAGAGCACCAUAAUUUUGUCAGAGAACAAGUUGUUAAUCAGCUUUCAUAUAAUAGAGAGAUGUAUGAAGGUUAUGUUCCAAUGGCGUACACUGACUAUCUUAAAACAAUGAAACGGAAUGGAGAAUGGGGUGAUCACGUUACUCUACAGGCUGCUGCUGAUUGGUAUGGUGUUCGGAUGUUUGUGAUAACUUCAUUCAAGAAUACAUGUUACAUUGAGAUCUUGCCUCAUCUGCAGAAGUCCAACCGCCUUAUAUGUUUAAGCUUUUGGGCUGAGGUUCAUUACAAUUCAAUCUAUCCUGAAGGAGAGCUACCCGAACCGGAGGGGAAGAAGAAGAAGAAAUAUUGGGUUUUCUAAGCUCUGUUUCUUCUGUUAAGAAGAAAUAUAUAUAACAUGUUUGUUCUUUUUACUAACCUAGUAUGUUUAGUUCUAGAGAGUAUGGUCUUGUACAUACUGAACAUAAUCUCCCAUUUAAGGCAUUAACUAGACUUAUAGUUUGCUCAUUGUUUUUUUUUUCAUUAUAAGAUUUACUUCUUUUCUUUAAUGUGGGAAUAAAUCAAUAAAGGGAGGUUACAGCUC